AUGGCUGCUCUCAUAUUCCACAGCAACCGGAAUUUGGGUGUGUAUCUGUCACGUAAAAGGUCUUCUUUCAUCAAAUCCAUCUUUGGUAAGAGUCGGAACAAUUCGUCAAACACCAAGAAUCAAAUUACAUCUAGUUGCUGGCAUAAUCUACCCAACGAUAUCAUUGAGAAGGUCGUAAAGCAAUUAAUUCAAACUGAUCGAAUCCGGAUGAGCAGUGUUUGCAAGGGGUGGAGAGUGAUUCUUACAAAGAAAGACAUUCAGACAGUUGUUGAGAUUCCAUGGCUGAUGCUUUUCCAAUAUCCCAUUGGCAAAGACAUAAUGAUUCUUACAAAGAAAGACAUUCAGACAGUUGUUGAGAUUCCAUGGCUGAUGCUUUUCCAAUAUCCCAUUGGCAAAGACAUAAGUUUUUAUAAUUUCUCUGAGGAAAGAGUUUAUAAUCUAGAGCUACCAAAGUCAGUCCAUGGAGGGAGGUGCUAUGGAUGUUCCAAAGGUUGGUUGAUAAUGAUAACCGGAUCUGAAUUCAACCCAAGCCUCUUUUUAUUGAAUGCAAUUACUGGAGCCCAACUUCGACUUCCUUCCCUGACAACUAUCCCAUCUUUUGAAAAUUUUGCAAUUUGGCACUCAAAAUUCGAUAGUUUCAUUACCGGAAUCACAAUAUCUUCUGCUGACGCUGCCAAAUGUAUAGUUGCAGCAAUCUUUGAUCAGGAAAUAUUGGUAUUCUAUCGACCAGGUGAUGAAAGAUGGAACAUCUUCGAAGGAGAUGGUGAAGAGGAUGAAAUUUAUUAUAAAGUCAUGUUAUUUCGUAACAGUACACUUGAUGUCUUAAUUGACGGUGAAGAGAAUCAUGUUAGAAAUUUCAGUAUUAAAUUAUCAGACUGCGAGAUGAUGUUGACAUUGAUCUCAUUCUGUUAUAGUAGUUAUGUAAAUGUGGAAAACAAGAUCGUUGAGUUUCAGCAUUUUAGGAUUUUCAAGGAAACAGGCAUACACCAUGAUUUGGCAGAGUCAACAAAUGGUGAAUUGUUGGUUAUCAUACAAAUCCUGGAUGUAUUUGCAUUGCCGGAUGAUAGUUUUGAUGAUUUGGUUGAGCAUGAAGAUGGUGAUGGCAUUGGUGAGGGGCAUCAGGAGUAUGUAGAUGGUGAUGGCAUUGAUGGUGAUGGCAUUGGUGAGGGGCAUCAGGAAUAUGUAGAUGGUGAUGGCAUUGGUCAGUGGGAUCAGGAGCAUGAAGAUGAUGAUGACAUUGGUGAGGGGAAUCAAGAGCAUGAAGAUGGUGUUGACAUUGGAGACUGGUAUGAGGAUGAAGACGGUUGCCCACUUCGUUUGAGGUAUUGGAAGAUAACUGGACUUAAAGUUAUUCAGGGUCAAUCUUUGCGAUGGACACACCGACAUGUUAAACAGCUUUGGUAA